AUGGCAGUGAGGAAGCUGGUGAGGGCUCUGGAGCACAAGUCCUGUGAGGAGCAGCUGAGGGAGCUGGGGAUGGAGAGCCUGGAGAAGAGGAGGCACAGGGGGGACCUUGCUGCUCUCCACAAGUACCUGAAAUGCUGCUUCUCCAAACAAGAGACAAGAGCAGUUUCUGCAUUUGCUCUGCAGGAUCAUAUAAUGCACAAUCAUCAGCUGCAGGAUCUUUUAACAUAUUCUUCUAAGUCAAGGACAAGGAAUACCAAGAACUUUUAUGUACCAUGAAUAAAAGAAAUAGUCAGAAUAAUAGUAGAUAGUAGACUAAGAAAAAAAAAGCACAAAAGCAAUGAAGAUGCAAAAAAGGAGAAUCUUCCUGACCCCAGUGCUCCACAGCUGACAUUAGGAUACCUGAAAACCUUUGAAAAAUUUACAGGUAAAAAUUGUCCUAUGUAUAGAAAAGAGCAGUAUCAGACUAUAGUAAUACAUGAUGGGACAUGCUUAGCUUCCUGGAGGGGAUAUAUUGUUAGAAAAAAGUCUAAAUACUUAAGGGAAGCAGUGCCUCCUAAGGUUAGAAAAUUAAGAAAGCAACAUUUUGCUGUAUUUGCUUCCUUGGUCUUUUUCCUUGGGGCGAUUCAGCUUCCUUAA